AACUAGAAAAUUGGAGAGUGGGGGAUAUAAACUGCAUAAAAGCAAUUCCAGAAGCAGUGCGGCCUCAAUAAGAAGUUGUGAGUGGUUGGAAGCAUUUUGCUUUGUGUUUAAAUCGAUUAUUGAGAAGCUCUUUAAGCAGUCAUAAUGCAGAUAUUUGUCAAGACCUUAACUGGUAAGACCAUCACUUUGGAGGUGGAACCAUCAGAUACAAUUGAAAACGUUAAAGCCAAAAUCCAAGAUAAGGAAGGGAUUCCUCCAGACCAACAGAGAUUGAUUUUUGCUGGAAAGCAGUUAGAAGAUGGUAGAACAUUGUCCGAUUAUAAUAUUCAGAAAGAAUCAACACUCCACUUGGUAUUAAGAUUACGAGGAGGGAUGCAAAUUUUCGUUAAAACUUUAACUGGGAAAACUAUAACUCUGGAAGUUGAACCAUCUGACACUAUUGAAAAUGUUAAAGCCAAAAUUCAAGACAAGGAAGGAAUCCCACCUGAUCAGCAAAGGUUGAUUUUUGCUGGUAAGCAGUUAGAAGAUGGUCGUACAUUAUCUGACUACAACAUUCAAAAGGAGUCUACCCUUCAUUUAGUACUCAGGUUAAGAGGCGGUAUGCAGAUCUUCGUUAAAACAUUGACUGGAAAAACAAUUACUUUGGAAGUUGAACCAUCUGAUACUAUUGAAAAUGUUAAGGCUAAAAUUCAAGACAAGGAAGGAAUUCCACCAGAUCAACAGAGGUUGAUCUUUGCUGGUAAGCAAUUGGAAGAUGGUCGCACUCUCUCAGAUUACAAUAUUCAGAAAGAAUCUACUCUUCAUUUGGUUCUAAGAUUAAGGGGUGGAAUGCAAAUAUUUGUUAAGACAUUAACAGGCAAAACCAUCACCUUGGAAGUAGAACCCUCCGAUACUAUUGAAAAUGUCAAAGCAAAAAUCCAAGAUAAAGAAGGAAUACCCCCAGAUCAACAGAGACUAAUUUUUGCGGGCAAGCAGUUAGAAGAUGGUCGAACUUUGUCCGAUUAUAACAUCCAAAAAGAAUCUACUCUUCAUUUGGUACUGCGAUUGAGAGGAGGCAUGCAAAUUUUUGUUAAGACGUUGACUGGUAAGACUAUAACAUUGGAAGUAGAACCAUCCGAUACUAUCGAAAAUGUUAAAGCCAAAAUUCAAGAUAAAGAAGGUAUUCCACCAGACCAACAGAGAUUAAUUUUUGCGGGAAAGCAGUUGGAGGAUGGGCGUACAUUGUCUGACUACAAUAUUCAGAAAGAAUCAACACUUCAUUUGGUUCUACGAUUGCGUGGUGGCAUGCAAAUAUUUGUGAAAACGUUGACUGGAAAAACGAUAACUUUGGAAGUUGAACCAUCUGACACUAUCGAAAAUGUUAAAGCUAAAAUUCAAGACAAGGAAGGAAUCCCACCUGAUCAGCAAAGAUUGAUUUUUGCUGGUAAGCAGUUAGAAGAUGGUCGAACUUUGUCCGACUAUAACAUCCAAAAGGAAUCUACUCUUCAUUUGGUACUGCGAUUGAGAGGAGGCAUGCAAAUUUUUGUGAAGACGUUGACUGGUAAGACUAUAACAUUGGAAGUUGAACCAUCUGAUACUAUCGAAAAUGUUAAAGCCAAAAUUCAAGACAAAGAAGGUAUUCCACCAGACCAACAGAGAUUAAUUUUUGCGGGAAAGCAGUUGGAGGAUGGGCGUACAUUGUCUGACUACAAUAUUCAGAAAGAAUCAACACUUCAUCUGGUUCUACGAUUGCGUGGCGGCAUGCAAAUAUUUGUGAAAACAUUGACUGGAAAAACGAUCACUUUGGAAGUUGAACCAUCAGAUACCAUUGAAAAUGUUAAAGCCAAAAUUCAGGAUAAGGAAGGAAUACCCCCAGAUCAACAAAGGCUGAUUUUUGCGGGCAAACAGUUGGAAGAUGGUCGCACUCUCUCUGAUUACAAUAUUCAGAAGGAAUCUACUCUUCAUUUGGUUCUCAGAUUAAGAGGUGGAAUGCAGAUUUUUGUUAAAACAUUAACAGGCAAAACUAUUACCUUAGAAGUUGAACCCUCCGAUACUAUUGAAAACGUCAAAACAAAAAUUCAAGACAAGGAAGGCAUUCCUCCAGAUCAGCAAAGAUUAAUUUUUGCAGGAAAACAAUUAGAAGAUGGGCGUACUUUGUCCGAUUACAAUAUUCAAAAGGAAUCAACUCUUCAUUUGGUACUUAGAUUGAGAGGAGGUAUGCAGAUUUUCGUUAAAACUUUAACUGGUAAAACAAUCACUUUGGAAGUAGAACCUUCAGAUACUAUAGAAAAUGUAAAAGCCAAAAUACAAGACAAAGAGGGCAUUCCACCAGAUCAACAAAGGCUCAUUUUUGCUGGUAAACAAUUAGAAGAUGGCCGCACUUUAUCUGAUUACAACAUUCAAAAGGAAUCUACUCUUCAUUUGGUACUGCGUCUUAGAGGAGGCAUGCAAAUUUUUGUAAAAACUUUAACUGGAAAAACUAUUACCCUAGAAGUAGAACCUUCGGAUACCAUUGAAAAUGUAAAGGCUAAAAUUCAAGACAAAGAAGGUAUCCCUCCUGACCAACAGAGAUUGAUCUUUGCUGGUAAGCAACUUGAAGAUGGAAGAACACUUUCCGAUUAUAAUAUUCAGAAAGAAUCUACUCUGCAUUUAGUCCUCAGACUCCGAGGUGGGCAAUGAAGAUGAUACAAUUAAUUACAUUUUAAUAUUUUCAAUAAAAAUUAAUAGAUGGA